UUAAAGUACAGUUUGCUGCUCAGAACUCUGACUCCUGAUAAUUCGUCUUUUUUGAAACAUCAAAUAGAAGUUUUGUCCUUGAGCUGAUCUGAAACUUUUUCAACUGAGAUUCAAAGAUUUGACACAAUAGUGCCUUAUGCUGACUUACCCACUGACCAGUUCUUGGGUUGGUCACUCAAGUCCUGAAAAUCAUCAAAAUCCACAGUGGGAUUUAAGUUGGUGCCAGCUUGUCUCUGUGUGUGAAUGGCUCUUAGAGUGAAUAUGGAGGAGGAUGAGAUGGAGAUGACCAAAGAGGAGCUCCAGAAGUGGAUCAGGGAGAGGAUAAAGAAGAUGGAGCUGAUAUCCUCAAAUGUGCUAGAGAAAUGCCUUCUACUGCUGUCUGUGCUGGAAAGGAGAGAGAAACAAGCCGCCAACUUCCUGAAGCUCUGCGAGUCUGUGACAGCAUGUGAAGCAAUUGUGAAGAAACAAUACUCUUUGCUGGGGUGGGAGUACAGAGACACAGAUUCUGAUGAUGAUGACGAUAAUAUCAAAGGCUGUGGAAGUAUACCUUCAUCCCCAUGUGAGUCUGUUCUCUCUGAGACUCAAGUGCCUAGCCCUCCAGCUACUAACGGCCCCACUCCUCUGCCCCCAAAGCGAGAGGAAAGUGCUGACCUAAAUGAAGAUGAUUGCAAGAAAAGUUCUUUUAGUCUAAAGAGAGAACUAGUGGUGGUCUUGACCAGACUUCCUAAAAGUAAGAUUGCUGCUUUACGUCUACCUACGCCUCAGAAUCAGUACGGUAAACAUGAAUCCUUAAGUGAUUCAGAUUCUGAUGUAGAACGGGAACCAGAAGAUGACACAAAUGAUUCUGAUUAUUGCUUCUCAAGUUUCACGAGUAUGGUGAACAAGAGGAGAAAAAUAAAGUUGGAAAGAGAAGAUGACUCAACUGAUUCUGACUUUUCAAUCUUGAGUUUUACGAGUAGGGCAAACAAGAGGAGAAAAAUUGAUAAAGAUAAUAAAAUAACUGCUAAGAGCAACACCACCAAGACAUCAACACUUCAAGCCAGCGCAAAUGCCGACACGAAGAACAACGCCACACAGACAUCAACACUUCAAGCCAGCGCAAAUACCGACACGAAGAGCAAUGCAAUGAAGACAUCAUUGCCCCAAGCCAGCACAAAUGCUGACGGCAAAAGCAACACAGGGGGAACAUCAACACCCCAAGGCAACAGAAAUACCAACGCCAAGAGCAAUACAACAAACACAUCACCAAAGCCAGCAAACACCAACGGAGCAUUGCCUGUGUGCAUAGUAUCAACUCUUUGCCAAUCAUCUGACAAAGCCACCAAGGUCCUUCCUAGCAUGCCACAAGAAAAGAUCACUGUGGGCAUGAACGUCCUGGCCAGGAGGAAGGCCAUGAGCUGGAAAUGGGGGAAAAUCAUGGAAAUUGUAGAAAGGGAAGAUGGAAGGUUGAAAUACAAGAUCAAUUUUGAGAUGAAAGGGAAGUGCCUUGUCUCUGGACACCACAUUGCUUUUCACUGCGUGCCAAAGGUGGAUCAGCUGUAUGUCGGUGCUCGUGUGGUGGUCAAGUGUCAAGGUGACAAGCCAAAGUUUUCCCCUGGUGUCCUGGCAGAGCUUCCAAUCAGGAAAAACCGCAUGAGGUUCCUGGUCUUUCUUGAUGAUCACAUGCCGAUGUAUGUUGGUUUACCUUUACUUCACCUGGUGUGCAGACCGUUGACGGACCCAUUGGACGAUAUUCCAAAUGGCAUCCACAAGAAUUUCAUGAAGGGCUAUAUGAAGGCCUGGCCUAACCCACCCCAGACCCAGUACCAGGUUGGACGGACCCUUAAUGUAGAAUUAAAUGGAGUCCAGAAGAAGUGUGAGGUGCUGCAGGUUGACUCCAGCUUGGUACAGGUUGUUUUUCAGGAAGAUCAACACAAGGAAUGGAUAUACCGAGGCUCUAUGCGCUUGGAACACAUGAUUACUAUCAGGGAACUAAUGCAGUUGAAAAAGAACUAGCCACAAAAGAAGAUGAAUACUUCAGGCAAUGAUACCUGGAUACCUAUUCCAAGAUGACACUGCCUGCAUUCCAGUGAACAUUGCUCAUCAGGCACAUAUUUUUUUGGGGUCUGUGCACCUUUUCUGGCUGUGCAGGAUAAGAGCAUACGCAUUAAAGUGGUCUUCCACCAGCAGAUAUGGCUGCAUUGUGCAAGGCAGGACCUCAUUAUCACCUGCUGUGAGAGGGUUGCCUCCAGAGAGAAUCUCCUUUUGCUCAAACAUGCUUGGUGUGCACCAAGUGACCCGCAAUUCAGACUAUGACCACUAUACCAAAAUCUCUUCACACCUCAUCAGUGUCCCUGCAAGAUGGGGAUGGGACCAUGGAUUGGUCUCACAUGUGCUGCUGAAGGAGUUACUGAGAAUUGUCAAAAACCUUGAAUUUUUUAUUUUUAUUGGUAUUUAUUUGUUUGUGUGUUCUUAAAUAAAAAUUGUGUAAUUUUCUUCAA